GUCAAAUAAAAGCCCAUCUUACAGGCUCUUAGCAUGUCCAUCAUCCACUCAGCACAAAUUCAAUCAAAGAUGGCCUCCACCAACAUAAACCAAAUAACAGCAGAAUUAAUGUCGCAUUUGUGAGGAAAAAUUGCCUUCAUUAGCCCAUCAAAAAGUUAUAUGGUGCUCAGGGGAAUGGUGCUCUCCAUUAUUAUAUAUAAUAUCCCAUCCAUUUUCAUCUUGCACUUUUAUAUAAACGCAGGCUGUGACUGGGACCAGUUGCCAGUCAUCUGCUGAGGUCUUCACUGAAAGUUGGAUAUGAGUUCUUUCCUUGUCUGUGUUACCUGUCUACUUUUUCUAAUAGAUGGAGUGUACCUUAAACAAGUAUGCAGUAAGCAAGAUGUGCUGGAAUAUCUAAAUCUCACCAGAGGCAAUGAGAAAUUCACAACUUGCCGUCCUGCACUGGACUGGACACACCCCACCGUAGUGUAUGUUGAUAUUUACCUCUACGGCAUCCUUUCUAUGAUUGAAAAAUCUCAAAUCUUUGUACCUCUUUUAUGGAUGUCUGUGAGCUGGAACAACGAACGAAUCUCUUGGGAUCCUAAGGAGUUCUGUGGGAUUAAAAAUGUGACUUUACCAAAAGAGAUGCUUUGGAAACCAGACCUCUAUGUUCUUGAGACUGCAGAGAAGGAAGAUGGACCACUGAACCCAUUUUUGUUUAUUACUCAUGAUGGAAAUGUGACAAUGGAGGACGACCAUAAAAUUGUCAGCACCUGCACAAUGAAUGUGCACAAAUUUCCUUUUGAUACUCAAACCUGCCAUAUAACAGUGUCUUCAAUUAAUCACUCAGAUAAAGAAAUAAAGCUGGUUCCUGCCUCCAAUUCAUCAAAAGCAACACAGGUAGCUCGGGAAAGCAUAUUAACCCAAGGAGAAUGGGUAUUCUUGAACAUAUCUGUCUCAAUGGAAAAAGAUAAUUAUGAGGGCCAAACAUUUGACAGGAUAAAGUACACGAUUUCAGUCAAAAGGAUGCCCCUGAUGCAUUUCAUCAAUUUUCAGCUACCGAUAUUGUUUUUCCUCAUUUUGGACCUAGCUUCUUUUUUCAUACCAGAUAGAGGGGAGAAACUGUGCUUCAAAGUGACGGUACUACUGGGGAUCUCUGUACUUUUGCUCAUCCUAAAUGACAUCCUGCCAUCCAAAUCUCACAGAUGUCCUCUGAUUGCUACGUAUGUCAUUGUCAUCUUUUCCUUCAUGUUGUUGAGUCUUCUGGAGACAAUUUUGGUGAUAUACUUAAUAAAUAUGAGCUCUGAACAAGACACUAAGUGGGUUCAGAGACAAGAAGAUCUCAACUGUGAAACAGAUAAACGCAAAGGAGACAGCAGUGAUCACAUCUGUUAUUCUGUAGUGGAGGCUCCUCUAGAGACUCUGAUGUUGAAGGAAAUAUACAGCAAAGACAAAAUGAAUGACAUGCACUUAUUGCAGAUGAUUCUGGAAGAGCUUCAGACUAUUAAACAGACUCUUCCUCCCCAUACUUUAAAAGCCCAAACUGGUCAGAAGUACUGGUUAGGAAUGGUCAUAUGCAUUAACAGGCUUUUCUUUGUGGUUUAUCUCAUCUCAAUUUCUCUCUUUCUUGGUUUCAUAUUUCGAGAGUGGAAAGUUGAGUAAUUUCACACUCUAAAAUUGAGCUGAAUGCUCAGAUUAGUGCAUAUAAUAUUACAUACAUUUUGUCUUCCUGCAUACUGUUAUUCUAGAAAGAGCUGCAGCAUACACUUCAAAUGAUCGUGUGGUAC